AUGUCGUCGUCCUCCAAAAAGCCGCCGCAAUUGGAGGUGGCUGCGCCGUCGCCUUCAGAUCGCGAGCGGCCGAAACUCAACACUUCGCGAGCGACUGCGCACCGUCUCCCUCCGCCAGCCCUAUUCCAAGGCCCUCCGUCCAAGAAUGCAUCGCACAUCUCCCUCGUCCUGCCAGGCGAUAGGGUCCCAGGAGCUCCGCCGGACGCAGAGCAUCCGCCACGCAUGCAUCGGCCUGCCCGGGUUCCUGCAGCCUCGUCGUUCUCGGGUCCCGCGCUCCGCCAACCCCUCGCUGACGCGGACGACCGCCGAGCAGAGAGCCUGUGGGCGGAGAUGCAGAAGACGCUGGCCGAUGUGGAAGUUUCGGCGAUGAAUACGUCGCACGUGUUCGGGGCAUCACACGCCAAGGCGUUGGAAGAUCUGCGCGCCGCCCAACUCUCGCUCGCGCAGACUUGGGCCAAAACCGAGGCGGAUGAACUACAUGAUCACGAAUUCAACAUUGCUGCAGCCAAUAACAACAUCAAUCACAUUAACAUCAACACGGAGGUCGUCGGCCAGCUGGACACGGGAACAUCUACCCCUGUAAAUCCUAGUCCCGGUCUUAAUCCCAGCAAAGGGACCAAGGGCACCAAGGGCACCAACAAGGGCGAUGGUAACGGCAAGCGCAGUGCGUUCACCAGCAACAAGAAUCUAGAAGAGGAGACGGAGCGAGACAUCCAACUGGCGCGCAAACGGAGAGAGGCCAAUGACCGCUACUUCAAGCAAGUCAAUCGGGGGGUCCUCGAUGUCGUCAGCAAGCUCGAUGAGGUAGCUGGUGCCAUGCGCCGGGUCGAACGAGAGUCCCGCGAAAUUUGGGAUGAGUCGAGUGAUUCCAGCCUCAGUGGCACCGAAAGCGGUUCGGUAACCGAUCACACCAGACCAACAGACAGUCCGGAACCAGUUCACAAAGAACGCUGA